GCCAUGGCAGACGUCGUCUCGGCCGAAGAGCUCACGGCGCUGGUCCAAGCGAUCAAGUUCGCGCACCCUGCGUUCAGCCUCAAGCAGGUGCACGCGACGGUGCUGACCCAUGGCGGCCUCUUUGCGAACGUGCCUCUUGCGCGCGUGAAGAAGUACCUCAAGAAGCUCGGGCUCAUGGGCAACCUCGAGGCCGGCAACGACGAGCCCGUGUCGCUCAUGACGGUGGGUGGCGAGUCCAAGUCGACGCCGGCGCCGGCUACCGCGGCCGCUCCGGACUCGGAUGACUGGAUGCCCAUGGCGCUCGACGAACCGGUGAUGUUUAUGGGGUCGCACCCGCACCAAGCGACGAUCCGCAUGAACCACAGCACGGCGGGCGCGGCCCACGGCGCUCUCGGCGAGCUCUACAAGAUCCAAAAGGCCAUGGGUUCGAGUGACCACCCGAUGCUGGUCUACAACAAGGACCGGUCGCGCAAAACCUUUCUGCACCCGACGACGCCCGCGUACCGUCCCGUCGUCGCGGCCAUCGACCGCGUCGGUGCGGGCGGCGUCGGCGUCGGCGGCACGAAAGCCUACUUUUACGGCCGCGUCCAGGGCACGACGCUCUUUAUCAACACCAAGACGCUCGCGCCGGCGCAAUCGUGGUAAUGAACCCAUGGACUGAACAAGGAAGAAACGUGUUGCAACAAG